GCUCUCGUCUGGCGUUUAGAUUUAGAUUUCUUCUUAUUUCCUCAUCACACACGCUUCGUGGAGAGAGGCGUAACGCGCAUUUGAUCCCAUGGGCGAUUGCGAGGUUUUCCAUCACGACGACGAUAUCGGAGGACCUUUUUCUAUUGUAUGAGGGGAGUUUGGUGGGUAUGAAGUGUUGAUAGAAGGUCGACGAUUGAAGAAGAGGUCGAUAUAUCUGAUCACCAGCAAGAAGUUGAUCGAAGAACAAGAUCGCCAAGAUGUCGACCGAUAAGACAGCCAAGUAUAGGACGGAGAUCCAGCAGAUGAUGUACGUCUCUGGUGAGACCGGCGAGCCAUCACCAGAAACAACUGGCAUGGUCGAGGAGAUCGUGCGCCAGCAAGUCAUCGAAAUGCUGCGCACCUGCACCGAGAACGCCGCCCGCCGCGGCUCCAAGUCCAUUACCACCGACGACCUGAUCUUCCUUAUCCGCCACGACGCCGCCAAAGUCUCCCGCCUCCGUACCUUCCUCUCCUGGAAAGACGUGCGCAAGAACGUCAAGGACUCCGACGACAAAGGCAACGAAGCCGACAUCGGCACCGGCGACGAGCCUGUGGCAGCCGUCGCCGCCACCGGUCCCGUCGACGUCUCCAAGAAGAACAAGAAAGCCAAGGUCGGCCUCCCCUGGGAAAUCGCCUCCCUCUACUCCCAGGAAGUCCCCGAGCGCGACGACGAAGACGACGAGGACGAGGAGGAAAUGAACUACGCCACCCUCCAGCGCCUCAAGAAGGCUGAUGAGCGCACCAAGGCCAUGACCAAGGAGGAGUACGUCACGUGGUCUGAGUACCGUCAGGCGUCCUUCACGUUCCGCAAGGGAAAGCGUUUCCGCGAGUGGGCUGGUUUCGGGACUAUCACUGAGUCAAAGCCGAACGACGAUAUUGUUGAUAUCCUCGGAUUCUUGACCUUUGAGAUCGUGCAGACCCUCACCGAGGAGGCCCUCCGCAUCAAGGAGCAGGAGGACCUCUACAAGGAGAAGAGCGGCGUCGAGGACCAGGGCAAGAAGCGCAAGGCUGUCAAGGGACUCUUUGAUCCCCCUGCGGUUGGCAAGUCCCCCGUUGAGCCAAGACACGUGCAGGAGGCUUUCCGCAGACUUCAGGUGCGCCCAAAGAAGUCCCGCGCGAUGCUGAAUGGCACGAGGGGUCUGAACAGGACUCCGCUUAAGCUCUUUUGAACUGACACAGUUCCUCUGCUGGGUAUCCGGCUUUUAUUGACUUUGACUUCGGCGUGAAGGAAGGACACGGGGCGUAAUGGUAUGGAGGCUUCAUGGAGUUUAUUGCAUGUUACUACUGUUCAUAAGAUGGAUUAUGACAGGAUUGUUUUAUGGGGGUUGACUUGCGUAUUACUGUGCCUGAGACAUUACUGUGCAUGAGACGGUUAUGGAGCCAAUGAACCC